AUGAACCGGGACAGAGCGGUAACGGGGCCCGGAGCGGACGGGGUCCAGACCGUGAUAAACCGGGACAGAGCCGUAGCAGGGCCCGUGGCGGACGCAGUCCAGCCCGUGAUGAGUCGGGACAGAGUGGUACCGGCCCCCUGCGGGGACGGGGUCCAGACCGUGGUGGGCCCGGACAGCGGAGACAUGCUGGACGGAGGUGCCGCCGGGGAGAAGCGGCUCUUCUCCAACGCGGUGGCCGGAGGCAGAGAUGCUCAGGCCGUGGAGAACCACUCGGAACCUCCGCCGACCAACCCGGUGUUGGCCCCGCCACAGCAGGGCCCUACCGGGCACCGGACCACCUCUUUCUCCGUACUGGACAUCCUGGACCCCAACAAGUUCACGAGCAGCCGGAGACUCCAGCAGCAGCACGCGAGCCACCGAGGUGAGCGCGAGCUGAGCGCGUACGGAGCGGAGAACCGGAGAGGAGGGACGGCAGAGCGCGAGCCCAGCCUGGAGCCCAGUAAAGGCUGCUACGGUGCGGAGGAAUACCCGAGCAAGGAAGGAUUUGUAUACAGAAGCCCAGAUGAGGAGGACUACCACAGAUCCGGGACCCCAGACUCAGAGGCUCCAGACGGGCCCUACAGCAGCGAGGAGAGCAGCUCAGCUCUGCCCAGUAACGGAGACAGAGAUCUGGGCCAGCACAGCCACCAGGACCCUGGCAGAGACACCUCAAGCCCCGGCGGAGGCCCCGCAGGCCAGAUCACCAACGCCCAGACCAAUGGGGGCCAGGGCCAGCAGGGCAAGCCCAAGAGGAAGCGCUCUGGCUCAGACUCCAAGUCGGGGAAGCCCCGCAGGGCCCGGACUGCCUUCACCUACGAGCAGCUGGUGGCGCUGGAGAACAAGUUCAAGUCCACACGCUACCUGUCAGUGUGCGAGCGGCUCAACCUGGCCCUGUCGCUGUCCCUCACUGAGACCCAGGUCAAGAUCUGGUUCCAGAAUCGCCGGACCAAGUGGAAGAAACAGAACCCCGGAGCAGACACCUCCGCCCCCACCGGCGCAGGAGGAGUGGGAGGAGCUGGAGGUACGGGAGGGUCGGGAGGUAUGGGGAGCCUCAGCCCUCUGAGCCCGUCCCCUCCGAUCAGCGGGCACCUGGCCAUGCACGCUGGCUACGCCAGCCACCAUCACCCC